CAACUCGAGACAUACCUGAACAGAAUACACACCUCAAGACACACUCGAAGACACACUCGAAGACAAACUCGAACAGCACCACGCGCUGGACACCCUCCAAGAUGACUACCAAUACCAGCACGAACCACAACCACGGCAGGAGCACGGGCCGGUGUUUCGCGAGCGAACGGGCAAGACAGCCCCCGCGCUCGCACAACAGCAACCGACGCCUCCGGGACAGAAACCGGAGCCACCGAACCAUCAGCACGCUGAGCAGCGGAAGCAGCUUUCGUUCCGACUACAGCGGGGACAGCACCAGCGGCUCUUGCGUUUCCUUCUUUACCUCUUCCACGACACCGGCGGUGUGCUUCCACCACCCCGAGCACGCCACCAAGAAGAAAAGCGGCAGCCGCAGUGGGCAACUGCAACAGCAACAGCACGCCUCCGUGGUCUGCUCCCGGUGGGAAACCCAAGCCCCCGGUUCCGAUUCGGAAGGGGGGCUGAAACCGGUGCGGAAACUCUCCCAGGACGGCUUCAACGACCGGGAUUCCUCGGCCCUGCUCAUCAUCCGGGACGCCCUUUGGGCGUUGAACAGCACCGCCGAUGGAAGCCACGGCGGAAGCACCAACGGCAGAGACAGCGGGGCCGGGAGGGGCCGGGUCUUCCACUCGUUCGACGACGACCUCGAAGACGCCACCGAAUGGGAGGCCGGGCGCCCGAGAACGAGUGGAAGCGCUUCCGGAGAGGCCCACGAGCACCGCUCUCCGGCCCAAGAAACCGCAUGCGGCGGAGCGGGUGCCCACGAACGCCCGGCCGGAACCGAAGGCCGUUUCGGUGCCCUGUUGAACCAGAGGCGGAGGCCCGCGGAAGGCGUCCGGCCUCUUGCCCGCCACAAAACACGCAAAGCAAGGGCCGCACGAAUUCCACCACCACCACCAGCACGAACCACACCGCCCACACCACCCAUUGCGGGCGAGCCCCUCCUGCCCACCGAGAGCUCGCGGUGGGAGGCCUCGUCGUCGUCUCUCUCGGUCUCGCAGUCGGUCUCGGUCUCGUCCCCCGAGAACACAAGACCAUCCCACGGGCCGUCCCGCCCGGUGGACUACCCUCCCCCGCCGCCGCUCUUUUCCUUCGAGCGGCCCCUCUCCCCGCCGGCCGAAGGGGGGGAGGCCCCGAGCGAUCCCCAGGGGUCCUUCCGGGACCGGAGGAACCGCCACCCUUGCCCCCUUGCGGGCCCGGGGGAAACCAGGAACCAGAACUCGAACUCGAACACGAACACGAACACAAACACGAACUCGAACACAAACACGAACACGAACCUUCACCAUCCCUCGGUCACCCCGCCCUCCAUUCCCCGGAGGCGCCGGUCUCGGGAUUCGCACGAGCCACCGCCGAGAACCACCAAGAACCAAGCGGGUGCAACGCGACGAAGGCAACCACGGGAGCCACAACAGCAGCAGCAGCAACAAAAACAAAAACAACAGCAGCAACAAAAACAACAGCAACAACAACAACAGCAACAAUUACAACAAGCGUCCUUUCUGACCAACACAAUCACAAAAACAGCAAGAGUGUCUCCCACUUCGACAGAACAGAAAGAACGGUUGCGGGGCAAGAGCUGGAAACCGUAGUUUGACACUGGCAAUGUCCUAGAAGGUGCACACGGGGAACUCGGCACAGCCUGGAAAUUGCCGCCUUAACGCGCAAACUCGUACUCCAGAAAAUUAGGAGAAGAAAAUCCAUAACACAGA